AUGGACAAAGGUGAAAAUAAUUUAUCAACACAUGUUGUUCUGAAACUAUGUGAAGAUUAUCUAGAUUCAGGAAGAACUGAUAAUUUCUACACGCAUAUUCCUCUAGCGAAUCAACUAUUGAAACGUAAAACACACAAUAUUGGUACAUUAAGGAAAAGCAGAAAAUAUUUACCAAAAGAUAUUGUCACUGCAAAACUAUCAAGAGGAGAAGUCAUUGGCCAGGAAAACAAAGAUGGCAUUGUGGUGGCUAAAUGGCGAGACGACAAAAGGGACGUAUUAGUCCUUUCAACACAUCAUACGUUGGAAAUUGUAAAUACUGGUAAAAAGAAUAGGAAACAAGAAGAUAUAAAAAAGCCCAAGUUUAUUAUAAACUAUAACGCUGGUAAAGCUGGAAUUGAUCUGUCCGACCAGCUUUCCAGUUAUUCCUCACCAAUGCGGAAGUCCAUUAGAUAA